AUGGGUUUGGCGCCUAAAAAAUUAAUAUUUCAUUCUGCUUCAUCUGCAUCUGCAUCUGUGGGCUCAGAUGGAGAUGAUGCACGAGCAGGUGCUGCAGUGGACAAAAUAUUAACCCUGCAAAUACACAAUCAAGCUGACCAAAAACAAUCACAUGCAGUGUUAGAGAAGACUCAAGAACAAGAAGAUGAUUCUACCUGCGUUCCCAAUUCUAAAACUCAAGAAGUACUAUUAAAAGAGAAUCAGACCGCAGAAGCUGGAGAAAAAGAGGGCGAAGAACCAGCAUUGAAGAAAAUUGGAGAACAGGAGAACUCCAAUUCCAAUUCCGUGGGCCCCCAAAAAAUUAAUACAAUGGAUGAAGAUGAUGCAAUUUCUGAAGCACCAGCUUCAACAGCUAUGGACAAAAUAUCUAAACAGCAAUUGCACAAUCAAACAAAAUUAACAUACAUGCUGGCUAGUUGUCCAGUUAAGAAGAAUGCAUAUUACCAAGACUCUCCAAGGAUCAAAGGCAUGAUCUUCUUGCAGAAGGUUAUAAAGUGA